AUGCCAUCACCACCCUGUCGCCUGAAUCCCUACACCCGACCACUUCUCCAACUAGCCGUCAUCGCUCUCACAACCAGUCCGACACUGGCAAAUCCGCUCAUCCCCAAAGAACUCGGCAUUGGUGGUUUGACCUUCAAUUCGCUGUUCGGCAGAGGCAAUUGCGAGAACCCUUGUGGUUGGUCUGGUGCUCUAUGCUGCGCUGAAGGAGCGGCUUGCUAUACCGAUUCGAGCAACCAAGCACAAUGUGCAUCCACAACGGCGGCUGCUGUGGGCAGUGAGACAACUGGCUACUGGAAAUACUGGACGAGCACUUGGGUUGAGACACAAACAGAAACCGACAUCAUCACCAAAUACAGUACUGGAAGUUCCUGGUGCGGCGACGCAUCCACUACUGCUGUCGUUGGCGGAGGUGGUGGUGUAGCAACUUCUGUUUGGGUAGCUCCUUCCACUGCUGCUGCAUCGCCAACUGCUGCUUCGAUUAGCUGCAACUGGGACAAGGGCGAGUCUUCUUGUGGCAACAUAUGUUGUGCAAGCGACCAAUACUGCCUAACGUCCGGUCAAUGUGCAGCUGCCGCAGGUGCAAGCACAUCCAAACUCAGCUCAGGCAGCUCAACCGGUAUUUCUCCCGCAAUCCUGCCAACAAGUAGCACCUUGGUAAUCGUUACAGCAACCUCUUCUCCCACCACAACUGUUCCUUUCCUCGCUCCCGUCGCCACUGGUGCAAACAUCACCCUCACAGGUGCAGAGUCCAGCAACUCGCAUGGCCUUUCUGGUGGCGCCAUCGCUGGUAUUGUGAUUGGUGUUAUCGCCGGCCUCAUCCUGCUUUCACUUCUCUGCCUCUUCUGCUGUGCAAGGACGAUCUGGGUCGCCAUCUUCGGUGGUCGCAAGAGAAGACGUACCGAGCGCACAGAGGUCAUCGAAUCCCACCAUCACAGAGCCUACAGCGGUGCUGGAGGAGCAUAUGCUGCUAGCCGGCCUGACGACAGAAGAUGGUAUGGCUCCGAAGCACCUCGCAGAGAAAAGGAACGCAGCAAGUUCACCGAAAUGCUGGGCAUCGGUGCUGGUCUAGCUGCUCUGGCAGGCGUCUUGGGUUUGAAGAGGAGGAAUGAUCGUCGCAGAGAUGAGAAGAGUGAGUAUAGCAGUGCUUAUACGGAUGCUACGUAUAGUGAUUACUACACAAGCGAGAGCAGUGCUAGCUCUGAUGAUAGAAGGACCAGACACACGAGGCGCUCGUCACGUCACAGAUGA